AUUUUUCUUUGGCAAAUCUCGUACUAUUAGGACAAGAACAUUUGAUCAUUUUCUCGAAAGAAACUUGCUGUUUUUUAUCUUGAUAUUUCUUCCUCUCCAUCGACACGAUUGUUUCGUCGAUUGUUAAGGAUCGUUAUGCUACCGCUAGACGGCUCCACCUUCGCUCGCUCCCUGGAUAGUAAUGGCUCUCUUGAUUGUAUGUGAUAGUAGAGGCGGUACGCCUUCGGCAACGUUGAGAGCACCUGAGCGACGCGCGUGUUCCUCGUGCGAGAGAGCCGAGACGUUAGUACGAUCGCGACGCUGUCGUUGGCACAGCAGCCGGCUAAAAUAUACUAAGUAUUCAAAUUGAUCGAUCUUGCAUGAGUCCUUGGAGUGAAAGUGUGUCUGGAUUUUGAAAUCGACACCGUGGACAAGGUACUCGAAAUGUGAGGGAUUUAGCAACGGUGACCUUGACGGGCCGAGAGCACAAGAUGGUAGUCCGUUGAACCCGGAAGAAGCAAGAAAAACGUAGGCGAGAAUGGGACGACAGACGCCUGGAUGAAGAUACAAGGUGAAGGCUAGCUUGGUAGAGGCAUUAAGAGGGUGUAAUGGCAAGCUGGAAAUGGAUAAUAUUGCCUAUGUGUCUGGCGGCACUAUGGACACUGGCGGAAGGUUACCUCGCUGUACUGUCCUCGAGCACGCCGGUUGGUACCAUUGUUUUCGAGGCGGGAGUACCACAGCUAGGUGGUCGCCGAAAGUACGAGGUUUCGAACGAACGAACGGCGUGGUUCGCGCGAAAACUUCUCAAGGUUCAUCCCCAUACCGGUCGUGUGACAUUGGCUAAGCCACUAAGUUGCGAAGGUCUUCAAUAUCCUCGAAUUUUCACCUUCUACGUGGACUCCACGAGUUCGAGAUUAGGCAGGCCAACCAUCGAUUAUUACAGUUUGCCAUUAAGGAUAUUGAUAACCGGUUGUGGCGAGGAAAAUCGGGAUCUUGCUGCUACCAGAGGAUGGAUGGCAGAGACCUUGGCUUCUUACGCUAUGCCAACUACGGAAAGGUUCAUCGAGGUCUGCUUGAGAACGUCGCAACUCGUUGCAGCUCUUAGAGACUUCCUACCGCAGACUGCACUGAAGGAAUGCGAGACCAGGUGGGGUGGCGUUGCCGAUCCUCGUUUUUUGAUCGAGGGAGCAGCCGGGGAUUUGGUCUCGGCGUCGGAACAAUGCCUGGUAGAUCCUCUAUGGAAGAUCUCCGUGUCUAUGAAUCUGAGGUGUGACGCGGAGUCUCGUUUGGCGGAUGCGGAACAUCGGUUGAAAAUCGUAUUUCAUCAUCGGCAGCUCGACGACACCGAUCUUGGUAGGAGAGUUAGGAGAGAGUUAAAAAAUCAAUCGCCAUAUUUCGAGCAACCUCUCUACGUCGCGGCGAUCGAAGAGGAAAAAGAACCAGGUGUUUACGUGACGUCUGUUCGCGCCAGGGAUCCCGAGGGUGGAACAGUGCGAUAUUCCAUGAGUUCUAUCUUGGACGCUCGCUCUCAGACGUUAUUGGUUCUGGACCCGGUUACUGGUAGAGUAAGCACGCGUGCUAGAUUGGAUAGAGAAAGCGUCGAUGUACAUUACUUCCGAGUAUUGGCUGUGGACGACUCAUUUCCACCAAGAACAGGAACUACCACUCUUCAAGUGAACGUAUUGGACGCAAACGAUCAUGCCCCCUGCUUCGAGUGGCCGGAAUACGAUGCAUCGGUUAGGGAAGGCGUACCGGUAGGUUCGACGGUCGUCACAGUAAAAGCAACCGACCAGGACACCGGCAGAAACGCCGACGUUGAAUACUCGAUCGUCUCGACGAGCGGUGGCGGUACGACCGUUCAUGCCGAAGAUAGCUCUACCUUCAGAAUCGAUCCACGUUCUGGCGUAGUUACUACGAGGAUGCCACUUGACAGAGAGAAGACCGAGAUCUACACUGUGAUACUUUGCGUUUCCGACCUGGCAACCCCACCGUCGACGCGUAAAACCGCGAACGCCACGUUGAUCGUACGUGUUCUCGAUGACAAUGACAAUUAUCCUCAGUUCACCGAGCGUACAUUUUCCGUAGCGAUACCAGAGGAUCUUGAUUAUACUUCGAAUCCGAUCGUGGCUAGGAUAAGAGCAACCGAUGCAGAUGCAGGCAAUAAUGCUGCUGUGAGGUACGCGAUAAUCGGUGGUAACACGCAGAAUACUUUCUCCAUUGACAACAUGAGUGGUGACGUUGCUCUCGUGAAGCCUUUAGACUACGAAUCGAUGAGGAGUUACAAGAUCGUCAUACGAGCUCAGGACGGUGGAACGCCACCGAGAUCGAACACCACGCAACUCUUGGUCCACGUAAAAGACGUCAAUGACAAUGCACCAAGAUUUUAUACCAGUCAUUUUCAAGAUGCCGUUGCCGAGAACGUACCGAUUGGUUACUCGGUGCUUAAAGUCCAGGCUUACGAUGCCGAUGAAGGUGUAAAUGCACAGAUUAAGUAUACCAUAGCUUCUCGCGACUUCUCCGGCGCAUCCACAGAUAAUUUUCCCAUCACUGUAAAUCCUGAUACCGGUUGGAUCUAUACCACGAAACAACUCGAUCGCGAGGAAUGCUCCAGGUAUCAAUUCACAGUAAUCGCCUCGGAUUCGGGCGAGGAAUCGAAAUCGGCGAGCGUCACCGUGAUCUUGACAGUCUCCGACGUAAACGACAACGAUCCUUACUUCGAUCCAAAGAAUUACGACGCUGUAGUGUCGGAAGAUGAUCCGCCAGGUACUCCUGUAACGUCUGUCACUGCUACGGAUCCUGACGAGGACGCGAAGAUACACUAUGAGAUUACUGCUGGGAACACGAGAGGUCGAUUCUCGAUAGCCUCGCAAAAUGGACGUGGCUUGAUCACGGUGGCUCAACCUUUAGAUUACAAACAAGAAAAAAGAUUCGUACUGACUGUGACGGCUUCGGACAGUGGUGGAAGAACUGACACCGCUCUGGUCUACGUGAACGUUUCCGACGCAAACAAUUUUUCACCGGUUUUUGAGAAUGCUCCUUACUCGGUUUCGGUUUUUGAAGAUGCGCCAGUUGGCACGACUGUUUUGGUGGUCAGUGCCACUGAUUCCGACGUUGGCAAAAAUGCUCAGGUUACCUAUAGCCUUGGAACGGAUGGGGACGAACAAGAAGCAGCAGAGUUUACGAUCAAUCCGCAGACUGGUGCCAUCACUACCACUCGAGCACUCGAUCGUGAGAAAGUUCCGGGCUACGUGCUAACUGUAACAGCUAGAGAUGGUGGUGUACCACCUCUUUCUGACACCACGGACAUUGAGAUCUCUGUUACGGACGUUAACGACAACGCACCGAUGUUCGAAGCACCUCAAUAUCAAGGUUCUAUACCCGAAGAUGUUUUGGUUGGUACCAGCGUGCUCAGAGUCUCCGCUACCGAUGAGGAUAUAGAUCUCAAUGGCAGGGUAAGAUACGCUUUGGAAGACGACGGAGAUGGUGCCUUCGCGAUAGACCCAACCACGGGAAUAGUGAGAACUUCCAAAUCGUUGGAUCGAGAAUCCGUUGCAAGAUACAUUCUGAAAGCCGUAGCUGCUGACAGAGGUUCACCUUCGUUAUCUUCGGUGGUACCAGUUAUCGUAAAGAUCGAGGACGUUAAUGAUUCUCCUCCAGCUUUUGAAAACGAUAAGAUCGUACUUUACAUCGCUGAAAAUUCUCCAGUGGGCUCGACUGUGGGCGAGAUUUACGCCCACGAUCCAGACGAAGGUCCAAACGCCGUUGUUCAGUAUUCUGUUAUCGGUGGUGAAGAUUCCAAUAGCUUCGCCUUGAAUGUAAGACCGGGUGGCGAUCGUGCAGAACUGGUUACUCUCGAAGAACUCGAUUAUGAGUCACCAAAGAAGAAAUUUGAGUUGGUUGUACGCGCAGCCUCGCCGCCAUUGCGAUCGGAUGCUCUAGUGCAAAUUAUGGUGACAGAUGUCAACGACAACGCGCCAGUACUGAAAGAUUUCCAAAUAAUCUUCAACAACUUCAAGGAUUUCUUCCCGACCAGUCCAAUAGGCAAGAUACCGGCUGUAGAUGCCGACGUUACCGAUAAGCUGGUCUACAGCAUUCUCGCUGGUAACAAUGCUAAUCUGAUAGACCUGAAUAAGACGACGGGUGAAAUACGUCUCUCGCCGCAAUUAAAUACAAAUGUACCACGAGUGGCGACGAUGGAGGUAUCUGUGACCGAUGGUGUCAACGAAGCAAAGGCUACCAUGACUCUGUCAGUACGAUUGAUCACAGACGAGAUGCUCUUGAAUUCGAUAACAGUUAGACUCGACGAUAUGACGGUCGAAGCUUUCCUCAGCCCGCUGUUGGGAUAUUUCUUGGAUGGGCUUGCUGCCAUUAUACCUUGCCCAAGGGAGAACAUUUUUUUAUUCAGCAUUCAAGAGGAUGCAAACGUGCAAGGGAAGAUAUUGAACGUUAGUUUCUCGGCUCGUAAGGUCGAACCAGGUACGGCCGACGAGUUUUACAGUCCGCAAUUUCUUCAAGAACGAGUUUAUUUAAAUCGUGGAAUCCUGGCGAGGCUUGCCACUGUCACGGUAUUACCCUUCGAUGAUAAUCUUUGUGUAAGGGAACCUUGUCUCAAUUUCGAGGAGUGUUUAACCGUAUUGAAGUUCGGGAAUGCUUCUGGCUUUGCCAGUAGCGAUACGGUACUCUUUCGACCAAUUUAUCCGGUCACCACUUUCGCGUGCAAAUGUGCAAGAGGUUUUACUGGUAGCAGAGAAGCGUACUUAUGUGAUACAGAAGUGAAUUUGUGUUAUUCGAAUCCCUGUCAGAACGGUGGGACUUGUCAUCGAAGAGAAGGCGGAUACGCUUGUUCCUGCUCGCCCGAUUAUACCGGAGAGAAUUGUCAAAUCUCGUUGGACAAGAACGCUUGCGCACCAGGCAUCUGUAAAGGUGGUUCUCAGUGUACCAUUAAGAACACAGGAGGGUUUACUUGCGAGGGAUGUCCGGUGAGAGUUCUAGAAAAUGUCACUCCUUUGUGCGAACUGAAAGCACGUAGCUUUGGACCAGCUACGUUCCUUACAUUCGCCUCGUUAAAGCAACGCCACAGGCUCCACUUGAGACUGAGGUUUGCCACGGAAUCAUCCGAUGGUCUACUUCUUUACAAUGGUCGUUACAACGAAAAACACGACUUUGUGGCCUUAGAGAUCAUCGAAUCUCACGUACAAUUUAGCUUUUCGCUCGGGGACGAGGUCACCAGAGCGUCGGCUGAAAUACCCGGAGGUGUAUCUGACGGACAGUGGCACGAGGUUGAAGUAUCUUACAUUAACAAGACAGUGACGAUUUCCUUAGACAAUUGUGACGUUGCUUUGGCCUUGGAACAUGGCGAAAGGUUAGGUCCAAAAUGGGCUUGUGCCGGAAGAAGCGAACAAAUACUCGAAGAUCGUUGCAGUCUCAUCACGGAGACCUGUCACAGAUUUUUAGAUCUAACAGGACCUUUACAAUUGGGCGGCUUACCCGCCAUUCCCUCGAACUUUCCCGUCAGGACGAAGGACUUUGUUGGUUGCAUCAGCGAUCUUUACAUCGAUCAUAUAUUCGUCGAUCUAAACUCGUUCGUCGCAGAUAAUGGUACCAACGCUGGUUGCCCAGAGAAGAAUGCAUUCUGCUCUUCCAUACCGUGUAAAAACAACGGCGAGUGUCGUGAAGUCUGGGACGGUUUUAUUUGCGAGUGUUCUGAAAACUUCGCUGGACCAACGUGCGAAGACGAGGUCGGGAAACCAUGGAAAUUUCAUGGCGAUGGUUUGUUGAACUUCAAUCCACUUCUCAGGCCGAUUCAACUACCGUGGCUGACGGCACUCAGUUUAAGGACAAGAGCGAAACAUGCGUUCGUCAUGGCGGUACAAAUUGGACAGAACAGUUCGGUCCUGUUGGAGAUUCGUGAUGGAAAGCUCGUAGCUUCGUUGGACGGUACGGACAUCAUACGAACAUGGUAUAACAUUGCUGAUGGCGAGUGGCACAGGCUCGAGGUUCUUUGGCAAAGCGGUCACGUUUCCCUCGACAUGGAUUAUCGCGAUAAACCUUUGAGUUCACCGCUACCCGCGAAAUUGCAAGGACUUUACGUAGGCAGGAUUUUAGUCGGCGGUCCGGAUCAAUCCAUAAACACUGAGUUACCAUUCUACGAUGGCUGCCUACAGGAUCUUCGAAUCGGUACGAACCAAAGCGUGUUGCAACGACCGACCGUUCAAGAGAACGUCGAAACUGGCUGCAUAUCCGAAUCCGUAUGCAGCAUAGACUGUCCAGAAGCAUCGAUUUGCGUGACGAAAUGGCAAGCGAGCGAAUGCGUUUGCGCGGCUGGUCGAGUCGGACGCAGCUGCGAGCUCGUUUGUGAUUUAAAUCCUUGUAACGAUACUGGUACUUGCAUCGAGGAAAAGGAUUUCCAUAGAGGAUAUAGAUGCGACUGUAACUCACCGGAAUACUCUGGAGAUUACUGCGAAAUAAAAGCUGACCAACCCUGUCCAGCGACAUGGUGGGGAUCGCCGGUCUGUGGACCUUGUCAUUGCGAUGAAUCCAAAGGUUACGAUCCGGCUUGUAAUAAAACGACUGGCGAAUGCUAUUGCAAAGAGAAUCAUUAUCAACCACCGGGGCAAAAGGAAUGUAUUCCCUGUGGAUGUUACGCAAUCGGAAGUUUUGGACCGCGUUGCGAUACAGAAACUGGCCAGUGUCGUUGUCGUGUCGGUGUUAUCGGCCGAUCUUGUACAGCUUGUCCAAAUCCUUAUGCAGAAGUGACUCUGCAAGGUUGCGAGGUGAUCUACGACGGUUGCCCUAGGUCCUACGCAGAAGGUUUAUGGUGGCCUAGAACUAAAUUUGGAAUGACAGCUAUCGAGGAUUGUCCUGACACAGCGGAAGGGAAGACUUCGAGAUCUUGCGACGACAAAUUAGGUGGAUGGCAACCACCCGAUCUCUUCAAUUGUACAUCAGAGGCUUUCGUCGAACAGAGACACCAGUUGGCUGCUUUGGAGGCUCAAGAUCUUAUGUUGAAUACGUAUGUAGCUGUGAAAUUGGCCAAGGAUGUACACGAUGCUGCCAACGUUACGAAAAACAUGUAUGGUGCUGAUUUGCUCGUCGCUGAAUCUCUAUUGAUCGCAUUGCUUCGUUACGAGGAGAGUCUCGUUGGCCUUAACUUGACUCACAGUCAGGACAAGGACUACGUGGCUAACCUCGCUGGCAUAGCCAGUGCAAUUUUACAGACGAAAUAUGUCGAAGAUUGGAGGAGAAUCGAAUCCCUCAACGGCGACAGUCCUGACAAAAUCUUGAACGCGAUGGCCAGAUACUUGAACACUCUGACCGCGUCUCAGCACGAUACAUUUACCAGCCCCUUUGAAGUCGUUGAUCGUAACAUAGUAUUGGGAUUGGAUGUAGUAACUUCGGAAAGUCUCUUCGGCUUCGAAGCAGCGGAAUACAAAGAGGAUCCUUCGAUGUCUACCGCAAGACCAUCGGAAGCAGAUCGGAAAGUCGUUUUGCCCGACACAUCAGCGUUUCUAAGUUCGACUACACACUUCGGACCAUCGAUAAGUUUUCCAAAGUACAACAAUUACAUGGCAGAUCCCAAGAGAUUCGAUACGCAUUCCAAGAUACAAGUACCUCUGAGUAUAUUGGGUAUCAAACCAUUGGCACAAGGGGAACUGAACGUGAAAAAUAGUUUGAGCAAUCGCAAGGCUGUACUGAGUUACGUGCAAUACAAAGAAUUGGGCUCGCUUUUGCCUCAGCGGUUCGAUGAUUCGGUGGCCGUUAGAUGGGGUGUUGAAGUGUCAGUAGGAUCACCUGUGAUGACCGUAUCAGUUUUGGUACCGUCCAAAAAUGGUUACGAAUCGAUGACUGGAGUUCCAUUGCAAUCACCGGUUCAAGUAAGAUUGUGGCUCAGUGAGAACGACGAUUUUAAGACGAGGACCAAUCCACAAUGUGUUCAUUGGAAUACAGCGAAAGGAACCGGAGAAUGGAGUCGAAUGGGAUGUACAACGGAAGUGGAGGACAACAGUUUGUCCUAUGGUUCAAUCGUCAAUUGUUCCUGUCUACAGUUGUCGACCUUCGCUGUGUUAACGGAUGUACUAGACCUCGAAUACGUGCCUGAACCAUCCUUGUUGGAGGAUGUUACCAGUUAUAGCGCUUUCAUGCUCGCCCUACCACUUCUACUCUCAGCCCUGCUCAUUUUAGCUUUGAUACGUGGCACAGGAACGAAUUCAAACAGCAUUCACAAAAAUCUUGUUCUCUGUGUGUUCCUCGGUGAAACGUUGUACCUGAUAGCUCUCAAAGCAAGAAGCCCAUUGGUUACCAACGAAUUUCCCUGUAAAUUGACUGCAAUUGGUUUGCACUAUGCUUGGCUGAGUACUUUCGCUUGGACCUUAGUCGAUUCUAUUCAUCUUUAUCGAAUGCUCACCGAAAUGAGGGACGUCAAUCAUGGACAGAUGAGAUUUUAUUACACGAUGGGCUAUGGCAUGCCUGCAGUGAUCGUCGGUUUGACAAUAGGCGUCAGAGCGGAUCAAUAUGGAAAUUUCUAUUUUUGCUGGCUGUCGAUCUACGAAACUGUGAUCUGGUCUUUGAUAGGGCCAGUUUGCGUGGCAAUUUUCGUCAACUUUUGUAUUCUCGUCAUGUCCAUAAGAGCAGCGUUUACAUUGAAGGAACACAUCAUGGGCUUUGGUAACUUGAGGACAUUACUUUGGUUAUCCGUUGCGUCAUUGCCCUUGCUUGGUUCGACAUGGACUUUGGCAGUCUUAAACGCUUCAGAGACGUCUCCGACUUUAUCGUAUUUGCUCAGUGUUGCUAUCGUCGUUCAUGCUGCGUUCAGUCUGAUCGGAUAUUGUUUCAUCAAUGGUAGAGUGAGAAGGAACUUGUACCUGAGUCUUUUGAGAUGCGUUGGAAAAAAGGCACCCUUAUUGGAAGGUAGCAUGGGUAAUGGAAGCAGCAGUCAGAAUGUUAAUGGUCAUUCGAGAUCAGCAUUAGCUUACUCGUCGACGUACAGCGGAGCCGAAUCAGUGUGCAGAAGAGUUCACGUAGGAGUAUCGACGAGCAGUACGACUUCACGUAGUACAAAUAAAACUGGUUCUAGCCCUUACCGCAGCGAUACACAUUUGAGACACACGUCAACGUCAACCAGCAAUUACAAUAGCGAUCGAGACCCCUACAUGUCGUCGAGGAGUCAACGAUCGGUUGUCCAUCCUCGACAAGAGUCGAGUGAGUCGAGAAAUCCACGGAGAGACUCGGAGUCCGACUCCGACGGUUCUCAAGCGGAAGGUGGUGGAAGGAGCCUGGAUCUUGCGAGUUCGCACAGUUCUGACGAAGACGACGUGACCUCGAGGUCUCACAGGAACAUGGGUGUUUCGGCUCAACAACCGGUAGCUCAUAGCUACCUUCCAAACAUACACAGUAAUCCUGCUGAACACCUCAACAUACUUUGUUCGAACGCUGAACUAUUUCCAAAUAUAAAACCAAUUUACGCACCGAGAUGGAGUUCCCAGCUACCAGAAGCCUAUCUCUCAUCUAACGUGAUGGACGUUCGAGGAAGUCAAUGGUCAGGUGGCACCAUGUCGGACAACGAAAUGGCCUCCAACAAAACGUCCAGUCCAAAUCCAUUACCUUAUCCUGAGAUGAAUUCGCCGCAAAAGAGUCAACUUGACGAGAAUUAUUCUGAGGGGGAAGAGAAGAUACAUCACGUUGGUGAAAAGUAUCUGUUCCCUUACACGGCUGAAGAAGAUCAUACGAUCUCACCUACACCGUACAUGCUAUCGAUGUCUUCGCGAAUUCUUGCCUCGAGCAUGAGCCAUCAUUCUCAAAAUUCAAAUCACGAGAACAUGAGUGGUUCCGAGAGGUAUGGUAGCCUGAAAAGAGGUCAAAGCUUGCAUGGAUCUCAACACGACAAUAUGAGCGGCUCCGAAAGGUAUGGAAGUUUAAAGAGAGGCAAGAUAACUCCAACCGUGUUGGAGGAUGCACCAGAAUUCAUUCUACCGAUGAGUGGUAGGAUAUUGUCGAGCUCGUUGACGCAUGAUCUACAACAUAGCAACGAAUUGGCGGCUCUGAGACAGCAGCAGCAACAACAGCAAUACGAACAGACGAUCACUGAGACUGAGAAGGAUACUAACGCGGAGACGUCUGUAUGAUCGUCGCGACGUGUCGCAUACAAAAAGAUAUCGUACAAAUUAAAAGAGUUAGCGAUUAGGAUCGAGGUGGCUUCAAUCGAUAAUUUCUAUCGCUCGAAUAGCUUUGCAAAUCGUUGGAAGGAGAUUGAGGAAAAUUCGAACGAUUGAAAUCUAAAUCGUAAGCCACGAUGUAUAUCGAUAAGUUUUAAAAGAAGAGGCCAUGACUGUACUUAUAAACUUAGCCAUAUUUUAAUUAGCACGUAUGUGAGUGCCUGUUGAUAUAAACUAUAUAUAUAUAUAUAUAUAUAUAUAUAUAUAUAUAUAUAUUUAGUACAUACAUAUAUAUAUAGUAUACGCUUGUUAUUUCAAUUCGAGUGAUUUAGAGCUCCGAUCCUGCGAGCACUUGCAUCCAGCGUCCGUAAAUAAAAAAUUAUGGAGAGUAACAUAAGGAAAAAAUACAAAAAUAAAAAAGGAGAGAAAAAUGAAGGGAUAAUCGAUAAAUCGGACGCUCGAUGAUAAACUGAUCUCUAGCUCAUCUUAUCAUUAGUGUACUUAGUAUCAUCCCCCGUCGUAAUUUAAUUUCUCCAUUGAAUAUUCGUGCAAUGUAUACAUUUUACUUCAUCUUUUUCUCUCUCUCUCUCUCUCUCUUUCUCUUUCUCUUUCUCUCUCUCUCAGUCUUUACAUUUAGAUUCUAUUAUAUACGUUUUAGGUAUUUACAGUCCUCUUUUCUACAUGCCAUGAGAGAUAAAGUAAGUCGAUCGAUCGCAUCGUUAACUGCGUCGCGUUUUCGUACUUUUGUAUAUAUUUAUAUGGAAAGAAAAAGAAACAGUAUGUGGAAAAGAAUAUAUAAUUUAUAUACCCUCGUC